UAUUAAUAAAUCGGAUAACAGAUAAGUGAUUUGUAAUUUGUAAAUAAAGUUAAUUUGCCAUUUCUAUUUGAAAUGUUUAUUACUAGGACAGACGUUUGUUGUUAAAUUGGGUUACUGCAUUUUUCAUUCAAAAAUAAUGUUAAGGGAAAAAGGCCAAGUGAAGUUUGAAGACAAAUGGCCCCUUAUGCGUCCUACUGUUUUAAAAUUACUAAAGCAGGAAGCAGUUAGUCAAGCAGAAUGGCAAGAUUUAUUUUACAGUGUUCACUUGGUGUGUUUGUGGGAUGACAAAGGCGCAGGAAAAAUAAGAGAUCAUUUACAUGAUGAUAUAGUGGAGUUUAUUAAACAAGCACAAGCGCGAGUUCUUGCUCAAAGAGAAGAACAAGCAUUGCUGAAAGUAUAUAUUGCAGAAUGGAGAAAGUUUUUUACACAAUGCAAUUAUCUACCUACUCCAUUUAAACUUCUCGAACAAACAUUACAAGGUAAAACAUCAGGUGCAACCACAAUGCAAGGUACAACUACAAAAAAGAAUCAAGAUGAUGAGAGUUUAGUUAAGAAAUUAAUGCUAGAUUCAUGGAAUGAAAGCAUUUUUUCUGAUAUUAAAUACCGUCUCCAAAACAGUGCUAUGAAGUUAGUGCAAGCAGAGAGGAACGGUGAAGCCUUUGAUUCUCAAUUAGUUAUAGGUGUUAGAGAAUCUUAUGUAAAUUUGUGUUCAAAUGCAGAAGAUAGAAUGCAAAUUUACAGGGAAAAUUUUGAAGCAGCCUAUAUACAGAGCACAGAAACCUUUUACAAGAUGAAAGCACCUGAGCAACUAAAGGCUAACGGUGUUCAAGCAUACAUGCGUUAUGCUGAUGGUAAAUUACGUGAAGAAGAGGCUAGAGCAUUGAGAUAUUUAGAAGCUGGUAGUAAUGGAGUCAUGCAGUGUUGUGUUAAAGUGCUGGUAGACAAUGCACGACCAGAAAUUCUGGCUGAAUGUGCACCUUUAAUAAAAGAAGGAGGAUCUGAAAGAUUACAGCUCAUGUUCAGACUGCUGGAGAGAGUCAAAGAUGGCAUUAAACCAAUGCUACAGGAGCUAGAAAACCAUAUAGUUUCUGCUGGAAGAGCUGAUAUGAUUGCAGCUGCAGAUAUUAUUACUCAGGAUUCAGAAAAGUAUGUGGAGAAACUUCUAGAACUUUUCCGAAAAUUUAGCGCGUUAGUACACGAUGCUUUCUCUGACGAUCCGCGCUUCUUGACCGCUCGUGACAAAGCAUUCGAGGCGGUCGUCAAUGACACGACAGUAUUUAGGUUGGAACUAAACUCAAAUAAGAACGCCAGCAACAAAUCGAUUGUUCCAGAAAGUAAAUGCCCAGAACUUUUGGCGAAUUAUUGUGAUAUGCUUCUACGACGGACGCCGCUCUCAAAGAGACUCACUAGCGAUCAAAUCGAGCAACGACUUCGUGACGUCCUCUUAGUACUGAAAUAUGUUUCAAACAAGGACGUUUUCAUGCGAUACCAUAAGGCUCACUUAACUCGAAGGUUAAUUUUGGAUGCAAGUGCCGACAGCGAAAAGGAGGAGGAUAUGGUAGAAUGGUUGAGAGAGGUCGGAAUGCCAGCUGAUUAUGUUAACAAACUUGCUAGAAUGUUCCAGGAUAUAAAAGUGAGCGAAGACUUAAACGCUCAGUUCCGAACGUCAACCGCUCGACACGACGCCAUUAACAUUAAAAUACUCAAUGCAGGGGCAUGGGCUCGGGGCUCGGAACGUGUUACCGUCAGUUUACCAGUUGAACUGGAAGACUACAUUCCUGAAGUGGAAGAAUUUUACAAAAAGAAACAUUCAGGCAGAAAGUUGCAAUGGUAUCAUCAUAUGAGCAAUGGAACGAUCACGUUCGCGAACAACGUAGGAAGAUUCGAUUUGGAUGUGACGACAUUUCAAAUGGCGGUGCUUUUCGCAUGGAAUCAGCGACCCCAUGAGAAAAUCUCGUACGAAAAUUUACGUUUAGCUACAGAAUUACCGGAUGCUGAGUUACGACGGACGUUGUGGUCGUUGGUAGCAUUUCCUAAAUUAAAAAGGCAGUUGUUAUUGUUAUUUCCAGGGUCCGCAGCUCCCAAGGAUUUCACUGAAAAUACCGUUUUCUGGAUUAAUCAGGAGUUUGCAUUGAUCAAAAAUGGCAAACCUCAAAGACGAGGAAAGAUAAAUUUAAUUGGUAGGCUUCAAUUAUCUACUGAAAGGUCACAGAUGGAAGAUAACCAGUCGAUUGUGCAGCUUCGUAUCCUGCGUACUCAAGAAGCGAUAAUAAAAAUCCUAAAGAUGCGUAAGAAAAUUUCCAACACAGCUCUUCAGGGGGAGCUCGUGGAUAUUUUAAAGAAUAUGUUUCUACCGUCGAAGAAGAUGAUCAAAGAGCAAUUGGAGUGGCUCAUCGAGCAGAAGUAUAUGCGUCGUGAUGACGACGACAUCAACACGUUCAUUUAUAUAGCAUAAUAGUAUAGAAAGGAAGACAAGAAAUUGUGUAGACACUCACAAAAAGGCCUUAAAACUGAACUCUAGGUUACUUAUAAUAAAGGCAGUUUAUUUUA